AUGGACCCAGCGAGAGAGCGCCUCACGCUGCUGGAGUUCUUCUGCCGAGAAUCGGCCAAGAACAUGCGCUGGGCCGAGGAGGAGUAUUGGGACCCCUUUUUGGGAACGCUCCUGGUUCUGGGUGGGCCCAGGAGCCUGCAGGCUCAGGAGAGACAACGACGACUGCGUCGGCCCCAGCCCCGGUGCUUGAUUGUUCAUUGGCAUCACCUGUUUAAACACUGCGCUCCUGCGGGACACAUUCUGUCCCUGGCUUUGACCUGGAAAGGCUGUGUCGGCGUGCUCCAGAUGUUUGGCGUGCUCUGUUUGCUUGGUGCUGGCGUGAUUAUUGUUUGGUCGUUCGCAAGACUGGGACUGGAUCUUUUUAUAUUUUUUUUUUUUUCUCUCCUGCAGCUUUGUCUCUUGGCCCUGCUGUCCCUGCGCGCCGCCCCGGCGGGAGGCGCCGCGCCGCUCACCUACGAGAGCUCGGACCCGGGGACGGGCGAGCGGCUGCUCUGCGCUGGGUGUCCGCCCGGGACCUUCCUCCGCGCCCCCUGCACCGCCCGGACGCCCAGCGAGUGCGCGCCGUGUCCCGCGGGCUCCUUCACGGAGCUGUGGAACUACAUGGGCCGGUGUCUGCGCUGCGGGGUCUGCGGACACCAGCAGGUGCUGAAGAAGGCGUGCACGGCGGACAGCGACUGCCAGUGCGAGUGCCGGCAGGGCUUCUACUAUCACCCGCAGCACGACAUGUGCGUGACGCACAGCGAGUGUCCCACCGGGCAAGGGGUGCUCAGCAAAGGUACAGCUGAGAAAGACACAGCGUGUCAUAUUUGCCCUGCUGGCACCUACUCCAACAUUUCCUCUGCUCAGCUCGACUGUACAGAGCAUAAGAACUGCAGCGACGCAGGGCUGCAGACCGUGCUGAGGGGGUCCACGUGGCACGACAGUGUGUGUGCAAACAGUGAAACGCUCAAAGACGGAGCUCUCUACCUCAAGGAAAUAGUCCCAGCACUCUUCGUUCACCAUAAGAUGAACCACAAAAGGCUGCGUCGAAUCGUGCACAUGCUCCUAUCUCAGAAUGGCAAAAAGCAACCUGGAACUUCACAGGACCAUUUCUCAGCGCUUUAUGGGAAGAUCAACACCUGGCUUUCUACUGCUACAGCAGAGGAGAUCGGUCAGCUUCCAGACAUACUGGAUAAAACGGGAGCUUACAUCGCAAGUGACAGAUUAAAGCAAAAGCUGACAAGCAUUAACAAAGAUCUGAUGGAGAAGCGUGGUUUGGGGAGGGGAAAUGUAGAUUUCAAUUUAUUGUAAACUGAGGAAGAACUUUUCUUCGGCAUCCAUCCAUUCAAAUGCUGUGUUUGGAAUUUCCCAAAAACAUGGCAGCACAUACAGUAUUACGGAAGCACUUCCAACAAAGUUACA